UGUCAAUAGUCUAAGCGUUAAGGACGCUGAAAAACCAGUGAUUUUUUCCCGAUAUUGAGAUCCUGAGACAUUAUCCAAUCAAUCUCAUUUAAUGUCCAGUCGAUUUUAUUUUUAAUCAAUGGUGAAAACCACAAAAAAUAUUUCAACAUAGCAAUCCAUAGAAAACGUAAGAUUUUUUUCGGUAUUUCAGAACUUCAGGCAUGAAAUUUUAUGUAAUAUUAUAUCUAAUCUGUUUUUAGUCAAUGACUAAAUCUAGCCAGAUCUAUCAUGUUUAUAGCGUGCAAUGUAGUAACAUAUACCAAACUAAUGAAUACCAUGUGCAUUUUAUUAAGGUUAUGUCUUAAUGUGGAACUAUAUUAUUGUACUUAAUGAUUAAAAUAUUUAUUAAAUUAACUUUUUUAUAAAUUAUGGUAAAUAUUAAUAGCAGUCAAUAUGAAAUUCACUACUAAUUCAAUAAAAUCUUGCGCUGCCCGUAUUGGAUUGUUAACAGAAUUUGAAAGAAUUCCUAAUAGCACUUUUGAAACUCCUCUUGUUCUUGUUUAUACAAAGGGAGGCUGUGUACCACAUUUGACUAAAGAUGUUUUUAAAAUGGUUACUUCAAGUCCACAAAUGUUAUCUGUUUCACUUUCUUCUACAUAUUUAAUGCAGGAAACAAUGAAGGACUGUAAUAUUAAUUUUGCAAAUUUUGUGGGUAUGAAGGAGUACAUCAAUUUUCUUGCAAUACAUGAUCCAGCCUUUACUACACCUUCAGGUUUUCGAGAACCUAAAAUCAUUCCGUUAUGGACAAGAUGUGGAAAAUAUGCAAUGACAGUUGAUAAAUAUAUGGACAUAAUUGAAACAUUUAAACCAGACAUGUAUGUUGCUUUGUGUGAUGGAGAUACUAAUAUUGACAGUAGUAGAAAAAGAAUAUCAAAAUCUGUAGAAAAUAGCUUGACAUUUUUUGAACAAUGUUUUAUUAAACAUUCCUCAUCUGAAGCAUUGAAGUCUUCUGAAAUAUUAGGUGCAAUUGAAGGUGGUUAUGAUAAAGAUGCUAGAACAGUGUCAAUAAAUCAUUUGAAAACUAAACCUUUAAUAGGAUAUGUGAUUGAUGGAUUGCAUAAUAAUGGACCACAUGUGAAAGAUAUACCAGCAAAACAAAUUAAAGAUAUAGUAGAACACACAAUCAGUCUUUUACCUACUGAAAAACUUAGAGUAUCAAUGGGAUGUUGGAAUCCUCUUACAGUAUUAGAGCUCGUUGAAUUGGGUGUAGAUAUAUUUGAUACAUCGUAUCCUUACAUAAUUACUGAAAAUUUAGAAGCUUUAACUUUUCUAUGUGAUCGCGACGAUUGUAAUAAUAUAGGACAUAUAAUAUCGUUUACAGAAGGAAGAUAUGCAGAUGACUUUUCUCCAAUAUGUUCCCACUGUGAAUGUCUUACAUGUAAAAAUCAUACCAAAGCAUAUUUACAUCAUCUAUGUAAUGUAAAAGAAUUACUUGGCAAAGUUCUUUUAAUGAUACAUAAUGUGCAUCAAUAUCUUGAAUUUUUCAAAAUUAUUCGGGAGAAUAUAAAACGUGGUACUCUUGACGAUUACAAAAAGAAAAUUAAUUUAAAAUUUAAGCAGAACAAUGUCAUUCAGACAGAAGAAUUUACAUAUACGAAAGACACUAAACUUAUAAGUUUGUAACAGUUUUAAAAAUAUAUUAAUAUUUAAUAAAUUAUUUUUACAUUGUA